CACUGUCACUUGAUACAUUGCACACAAAACCGCAGUGUUUGCAGAAUCAGGCCUGAUCUCUGUUAGCACUUGCCGGUAAAUUUUGAUGACUCUCAUAUGCAGCAGAGUGCCAGUACUAGUGCCACGUUACCUUUUGGUGAACUGGCAAUCAUCGGCCUAGUACAUCCUGGUCUUUCACAUACCAGCACUGCAGUAUCACUUGGUGACGUGGCGAGUCCCGUAAGGGCAGUACAAGCUGGUGCGGUGGCGAGGACAAGUAUUGUCCCGCAGCCACCAAGAAUUCACACACUGACCCGCAGAGCCCCUAGUAUCCUUCCAGAUGUGCUUGCAAAUCCCGAAUGGCAGCCCACAAAUUCUGCAGCACCCGUACUUCCCCCAUUCACUACUCAACCCGGAAUUCAGGUGGAAACAGCAAAUUUACCUACUCUCCUUGAUUUUUUUGGAGCUGUUUUUCACAGAAGAUCUGUAUGCAUUGAUUUCGGAUCAAAGCAAUUUAUAUGCUCAACAAUUUAUCGCCGCCAACCCAGAUUCAAACCUUGCCAGACCAUUCGCAUGGAAACCCAUUAUGGUUUCCGAAUGUUAAUUUUUUUUAGGCCGAACCCUCAACAUGGGCAUUACUAAAAAAAAUGAAUUGCGGUUGUAUUGGUCCACAGACCCGAUUCAUCAUAUGCCUGUGUUCUCUGCUGCCAUGGCCAGGCAUAGAUAUGAGAAGUAUAAUGUGUUUUAUGCAUUUCAAGAUAACACACUCUGUCGUCCUCGGGGUGACCCUGAAUUUGACUGGCUCCACAAAAUUCGACUCCUCGUAAAUCACCUUAACCAAAAAUUUGCAGAUGUCUAUACUCCCCAGCAAAAUAUCUGCACUGAUGAGACCCUCAUUAAUUUUUCUGUCCGCCUUGCAUUCAAACAAUUUCUCCCCAGCAAACAUGCCAGAUAUGGAGUCAAGAUGUAUAAGACCUGUGAGAGGGCAACAGGCUAGACGUAUAAGUUUCGAAUUUACGAGGGAAAAGAUAGUUAUGUGGAGCCCCCGGAUGCUCAGACUACAUGGGGAGUAGUGGCAAGAUAGUUUGGGACUUGGUGUCAUUCUUUUUCCAAAUGGAGUACCAAUUAUACAUGGACAAUUUUUAUUCAAGCAUGCCACUAUUUAGACAUUGGUACAAUCUUGAA